UCCACGCAGGAGGUGGGAUGAAGGGUGGAGGCAAAGCCCCAGCUCGUGAGAAGACAGCACCUCUGCCAAGGCCCUUGCCGCCCCGCGCCGCACGGCCCCGCCCAGAGAGCAGCGGGAAGACCGCCCCGCCUGCACCCCAGCGCCUGGAGAGACCGCCUGCUGCACAACUGACCUGCCCGAUCCAGACAGCUGCUUUGAACACCUCUGAGCCCUAAUGGUCCCUGAACCACAUCAGGAGGGACCUGGGUUCGAGUUUAUCACCAACUUACUACAUGACCUGGGCUGGUCCCCACUUGGAAACUGUUUUUCCAUUUCUGCAGUGAAGACACAGGCUGAUGAUUUAUGAGGAUGCUUCUUACUCUGAGACCACGUCUUGGAUUCUAGAUAUCCACGUGACAUUGGAGAAGGCUGGCCAGGACAUGGGAAUCUGAAGUGCCUAGGGCUCUGGACCCGGCUCUCUGCUCAGCCUAACUCAUCUCUGUUUCAGACUUGGGAGUGACCCCCCGGCUCCCUGGACGCUCCUGGCUCGGCACCCACUCCUUCUGCUCCCUGCACUCAGAGAGGAUUUGUGUGCUCCCACAGGGCACCAGGGCCUGGAGGGAGCCAAGGAGCCUUACCCCUUGUCCCCAGACCCAGAGGCAGCCAUGGGGGCCUGUGUCGUGACGACCGAUAUCAAUAUCUCAUCUGGCCUUGACAGCAACGCCACGGGCAUCACAGCCUUCUCCAUGCCCGGCUGGCAGCUGGCACUGUGGACCGCAGCCUACCUGGCCCUGGUGCUGGUGGCUGUGAUGGGUAAUGCCACAGUCAUCUGGAUCAUUCUGGCCCAUCAGAGGAUGCGCACGGUCACCAACUACUUCAUCGUCAACCUGGCCCUGGCCGACCUCUGCAUGGCUGCCUUCAACGCUGCCUUCAACUUCGUCUAUGCCAGCCACAACAUCUGGUACUUUGGCCGUGCCUUCUGCUACUUCCAGAACCUCUUCCCCAUCACAGCCAUGUUCGUCAGUAUCUACUCCAUGACUGCCAUUGCUGCUGACAGGUACAUGGCCAUCGUCCACCCCUUCCAGCCCCGGCUCUCAGCUCCUGGCACCAGAGCGGUCAUUGCCGGCAUCUGGCUGGUGGCCCUGGCGCUCGCCUUCCCCCAGUGCUUCUACUCCACCGUCACCACGGAUGAGGGCGCCACCAAGUGCGUGGUGGCCUGGCCUGAAGACAGCGGUGGCAAGAUGCUCCUUUUGUACCACCUCGUAGUGAUCGCCCUCAUUUACUUCCUGCCUCUCGUGGUGAUGUUCGUCGCCUACAGCGUCAUCGGGCUCACGCUUUGGAGACGCUCUGUCCCGGGGCACCAAGCUCAUGGUGCCAACUUGCGCCACCUGCAGGCCAAGAAGAAGUUCGUGAAGACCAUGGUGCUGGUGGUGGUGACGUUUGCUAUCUGCUGGCUGCCCUACCACCUCUACUUCAUCCUGGGCACCUUCCAGGAGGACAUCUACUGCCACAAGUUCAUCCAGCAGGUCUACCUGGCGCUCUUCUGGCUGGCCAUGAGCUCCACCAUGUACAAUCCCAUCAUCUACUGCUGCCUCAACCACAGGUUUCGCUCUGGAUUCCGGCUUGCUUUCCGUUGCUGUCCAUGGGUCACGCCAACCGAGGAGGACAAGAUGGAGCUGACCCACACUCCAUCCCUCUCCACGAGGGUCAACAGGUGUCACACUAAAGAGAUUUUUUUCAUGUCUGGGGAUGUGGCCCCCUAUGAGGCUGUCAACGGGCAGGCUGAAAGCCCCCAGGCUGGAGUGUCUACUGAACCGUAAAGCCUAGUGCCUGGCUGCAGGGGGAAGCUCGGCAACUUUGAGAAGUAGACAGUCGAAAGGACCACAUCUGAAAGUUUGGCCCAUGAUUCAUCCUUGAGUAUAUCAAUGGAGAGACGAGAUGGGGCCAGGAACUCUGCAGUGGGUACUACCUUUCCCAGCUAGCCCUUCAAACAGUGCUUCAGGGGAUCCAAUAAUUCAAAGAAGACAGGGUGAGCUAACACUUGUCUAAUCCAGGAGUUGCAAGGUCAAAUGCCUUCCUGGGGCAUACAACAAAAUGAGUAAAUUGAACCCAGUAUAAAAGAAAAGUUGUAGAUAUAUUGAUAAAAGAUAACUGACUUCCAGUGGUGGGGCAAUAGGGAAUGGCGGGGACUGUGGCAAACUGGAGGGCAUAGGAAUCCAAAGGGGACAGUAGCUGAUCAGUUCUGGGCAAAUGCUGCCAUGUGACUGAUCCUCUACAUCUUUCAAGAAAAGCCCGAAAUCCAAAUUUGUGAAACUUCCAGAAUUGUUAAAUUUGGCUCACAUUUUUAUAAAUGUUGUGUGAACCAAACAAAACACACCCGUGGACAGUACUCAACCAUGGCAGUGAUUUAUUAUCAGGAUAAAGACACAAGGAAAGAAGCUUCUGAAUUUUGCAAAGCCCCUAACCUGUGAGCCAAUUCAGGGCUUCUCUGCUUUAGCAUCUAAGAACCCAGAUCCACCCCAGGGGAGGUGGUGGUUAAGGGGUCAAAAGGAGGCUCAGCUGGGUGGUCUCAAGACAAAGACCUUCACAUUGCCUUCUUCUUUCAGUUGCAAAACUACUUUGCAGGGAGGCUGUGAGGAUGAUGGGAGGGAUGCCCAUAAAUCAUCAAGUCCAAUACAUGUUAAGUGCUUCAUAAACAGCGUGUGUGCUCAGUCACUAUGUCACGUCCAACUCUUUGCGACCCCAUGGACUGUAGCCCACCAGGCUCCUGUCUGUGGGAUUCUCCAGGCAAGAAUACUGGAGUGGGUUGCCGUGUCUUCCUCCAGGGGAUCUUCCCGACCCAGGGACCAAACCUGUGUCUCCUGCAUUGACAGGCAGAUUCUUUACCACUGAGUCACCUGGGAAGCCCUCAUAAACAGCAGCCGUGACUUUCAUUACUACCAUGGCAGCCGUCUGACAUGAAUGCCUCUGCAAGUCAGCAACACAGCCAUCGCCCUUACUUCUGCUCGAGAGGCUGGCAGGUAGAGAACACCAACUGUCCUAUCCCCUAGAAAGCUCCAGGCCCAGCCGGGUCCACACCUCACCCCGCCUGCUGACUCACCUUCCGUGCCUCGGGCCCUUCCAGAAGAACCACGUAAUGCUGUAAACGCACACCUAGAGUUUGAUGUUACCUGUGUUCGCCACAAAAUCACUGUGCCGUAGGCGCUGGCAGUGCCAAUAAAGGGACCCUGGUCUCACCAA